CACCAAAACAUUGCCGAGUUGGCAGGAGUGAGAGAGAGAGAGAGGAGUGUCGUGUAUUUUGUCGACCCAGGCCCCCAACACCGCCAUUUGUGGCCCCUUCCUGCUGCUGCUGCUGCUGUGUCAUGUAGUGACCGCCUGACGGAGUACUUCGUCGACAGACUAAAGAUGUCUUGGCUGGGAGUGAACCUCAACGACAGCCUCAGCUCCCUCAAGGGCCAGCUGUCUAAUCUGACGCGUGAGGUCCUGUCUGAGGGCCUGGAGGACGUGGCAGAUAAUGAUACACAUCUAUUAGUCUCCCCAGACCGCAUCAAGGAGUUGGAAUCCCUCUGCCAACUUCAGAAACAUGAAGCUGAGGAGAGUAAACGGGUCCAAGCAGAACUGGAGGAGCGCCUUCAUGCUGCCGACCUGCACAGUGCACACCAAGUCGGCCUUCUUCGGCAGCAGCUGCAACAGCGCGAGGACGAACUCCGAGCUCUAAAGGAAAAGAGCUGCGAGUGGGGUUGGGAAGUUGGUGAUGGAGGCCCCAAUUACAACCACACUCCCAACCAUGUGUGGACAGAUGGCCUUCAGAACUCUGACCAUCAUAAUCACCUACCGCAACCACAGCAAAUUAAUAAGCGACAAGACUGGCAAGACCAUCUCAAUCAGCAGUUGGGCCGGCGCGUGGAGGAACUGGAGGAGUUGCUGAAGGCGCUGAAGGAUGCCCACCAGGACGAGGUCGCCACCCUCCAGGACCAACACCGGCACCAGCUGCUGGCUCUCCGUCAUCCAGGUGCAGACCAAGCUGGCCAGGCGCACGUCCCUCCUGCUGGCCACACUCCUCUGGCGAAGAGUGACGAUGGGCUGUCAGAGGGAGCAAGUGCUGCCACUAUCACUGAAAACAGCCACAAUGGCCAUGAAACAGGUUACAGAACAGAGUUCCAGCAGCAGUUGGAGAGGGAGAAAAGCGAGCUCCAAAGUGCUGUUCAGUGUCUCCAGAAACAGCUGGAGGAAAGUAACGAGAAGGUUAAAACAACGGAAGAGAGGUUGUCUUCGUUAAAUGAAAUGUGUGAGACACUACAGACGGAGAAUGAGCAAUAUGCCAAAAGCAUGGAGGAGUUGGAUUUCCAGCAUCAAGCAGUCAUUGAUAAAAUGUUGAAGAAGAGAAGCCAGGUUCAAGAGGAGAUAGAGGUCAUGAAGGCAGAGCAUGACCAGUUAACUCAACAGGUGGCCGAGCUUCAGGCAGAUAAGGCUACACAAGACGGGGAGAUGCAGAAUAUCAAGGCUCAACUACUACUAUGCAAGGAGGAGAAAGUUUCUCUUGCAGCUUACAAAGAGCAACUUGAAUUAUCAAUGCAGGAGAAACAUUCACUGCAAGCAGUGCUUGAUGAAAAGUCUUCUUUGUUGUCAAAUCUUAGUGAAAAGAUCCAACACUUGUGCCAAGAGAAUGAGCAGUUCCUUUUAGAAAAAACGAAACUUCAAGAGGAACUAGUCAGUGUUAAAGAUGAGAUUAAAUUGCAGAAAAUCCAAGAGGAACAAAAUUCCAAGGUCAAGGAAGAAUUAAGUAAUGUACGGAGAGAGUAUGACGAACAGCACCAGUCCAAUAUAAUGCUCAGUACUAGUAUAGAGAAAAUGGAGGUCGAGCUUAUUCAGCUGAGAUCAUCAGAGGCUAAUCUGAAGGAGUUGUGCAAAGUUGCCGAAGAUAAGAGAACUGCAGCAGAAGCAGUGUGUGCAAGCCUUCGUAAUCAGCUUGAAAGUCUUACUGAAGAAAAUGCCAAACUCGGCAUGACUGCAGUAGAAAGGAAAGUCCUUCAUGAUGCCAAAAAAGAAGAGCAGAAGCAGAUGAAGGAAAUUGAAGAAAAACUUGUUGUUGCAGAAACUGCAAAGAGUAACCUGGAACAAGAAUUACAAAACAAGUCUCAUGCUUUUGAAGAUGCUAAGACUAAAACAGAGCUGCUGCAGUCAGAGUUACAAGCUAAAGUCCAAGAAAUAACGAUAGCCAAUACAAGAAUAGCUGAACUUGAAGCCAAAGUAAAACACACGGAACAUGAUCUGCAAAAUCUUCAGAAGCUGAGGAAGGAAGAGAUGGAUGAAGUGAAGAAGGCACUUCUCCAUAACAGCCAAGAGGCCCCCAAAACUGUGAAGGCUGGUAUCCACAGACUGGCUCUACUUCUGAGUGAGUCAGUGUGGCAGAGGGAUACUUUAGAAAGGCACGUGUCGACAAUCACCCAGGAGCUUAGAGAGAAGAUGGAACAGUUUAAUGAGGCAGAAGCAACUCGUACUGAUCUUGAAAGAGAAUGCGAAGAUCUGCGGGACCAACUUGAAGAGAUACAAAAAGGAGUGCGACCACCACCGGAAGGUAGCAGCAGGGGACUGCCAACCAUAGAAGAGGAGAGUGAAGGAGGUGUGGAGGGAGAUAUUGAUGGAGAGCAGGUAGAGGAGAGCCAGGAGGUUAAAGUGCAGGAACACAAUGAACCUGCAGAACAGGGAAGAUCAGGCGAGAUUGAAGCAUUACAGGCACAAGUAGAAGCCUUGUCGGAAGCUCGGAGGAACCUGGAAACUGAAGUGGCCAUCAUAAGAGCAGAGCGUGAGACCUUACAGGGUCAACUUCAUGAAGCAGAGGGACGGACUGGAAACUUGGUUAAUUUGGAAACAGAAGCUGCAGCUUUGAGAGCUCAGAAAAAGUCCUUAGAGAUGCAGUUAGCAUCACUAACUCAACAGUUAGACCUGGAAACUAUAACUCUUCAAGAUUCGAGAGAUACAUUCAAAGAACAAGCAGACGCACUACAUGAGCAACUAGUGUGUCUUCAGGCAGAGACGACACUCUCACAACACGAGAGAGAUUCAAUUGGUCAACAGUUGCUCAAUCAAUAUCAUAUUGUAGAAGAUAGAGAUUCCACAAUCAGAGCUCUUGAAAUUGAACUGAAUAGUUUAAAGGAGAAAGUUCACGAGAAUUUUGGAGCUGCCAGUUCCAGUUCGGAGGCUCUAGCUCACUGCCAGCAAAAACUAACUAAAAUGCAGCAAGAACUUGACUGUAUUAAAUCACAGCUUAUAUUCAAGGAAGACAAGGUUGAUGAAUUAUCACAGGUACUGGAGGAUAUUGGGCAGAUUUUCCAGGUGAAUGUGAAAGAUGUUGACAAACUGCACAAACAAAUACAUGAUAAACAUUUAUCAUCAGAAAAUACUUUGAGAGAAAGAGAUGCAAGAAUAGAAGAAUUAAUACAAAAUAACAAUGACUUAAAAGGAGAGUUAAAUUUGUGUAAGAAACAGAGCUCUGAGAAUGAAAAUGAAACGACAACUAGAAUAGCAGAAAAUGAGCAAGAGCUAAAUUGUUACAAAAAACAGUUGGAGAAUUAUGAGAGAGAGGUUUCUGAGCUACGAGCGAAAGUAUUGAAGCUUUCAGAGGAAAUAAACAAGAGGGAUCAGAAUGCUCUUUCAUUACAAGAAGAGUUGAAUACUAUAAAGUUAGAGAAAAAUGAUACCAUAUUAAAGAUGACCCAGGGAAUUGAGGCACUGACUGGUGCUAAUGAAGAGAACAAAAGACUCCAGAAUACGCUUGCCUAUGAUAAGGAAUUAAUUUUACGCUUACAAUCUGAGAAUGAGGAUCUGAAGACGAGUCGAGGGCAGCAAACUUCUGAGCAAAGCAACAUGAACAUGAUAUUAAGAGAAAAGGAUAAUGAAAUAAAGGAUAAAGAUAAACAAAUUACCAUGUUGCUGCAACAAAUUGAUCAGCUUGAGAAAACUGAGCUCAUAAAUUUAGAAAGUGAGAGAAACAGUUUAGCAAGUGAUAAUGCAGAUUUAACUAAAAGGGAACAAACUCUGCAUGGUGAGAACGUUAAGCUGUCGCAAGAAAAAAAUGAAUUACUGCAAGACAAAGAGAGGUUGAGUAAAGAAUGGCAUGAGAUGGAGGCAGCAAAGGACUUGGCCUUGCAGCAACUUAGCAGCCUUCAGUUAGAGAGGGACCAGAUGAUUGCAGCAAUUACUCAGAAGCAUCAAGAAAGUGUGUCAUACCAUGCAGAGAUCCAGCGAUUAACACAAGUCCUUACUCGGACGACUCAACAGUCUAACGAGGACAGAGCGUCAUUAUCGUCGCAGCUAACCGAGAGGGACACGGCCCUGACGGAGGCUCGAGCACAAGUAGCAAAACUCCGGGAAGAGCUCGAUUCUCUGAAGAAAGUUCAAAGUGAACUUCAGAAAAAUGCUGCAGAAGGAAUUGUGCAAAAAACUGAGCUUAUAGGUUUGCGCAAAGAAAUUGAAUCAUUACGCACAAAGCUGGCAACAGUGGAGCAAGAAAGAGAUCAGCUUCGUGUUGCAAAUUCACAUUUCAACACACAGUACCAAGACCAGAGCAAAGAGUUAAGUAACAUCAGAGAGAAGGAGGGUCGCCUUGCAGCGGAGUGCGAGCGGUUGCGGCAGCAUCUUGUUGCAGUGGAGGAGUCGUACACCACCGAGGCCUUGAAGGCUGAGGAGAGAGAAGCCACCCUUCGCUCCACUCUUUCGAAAAUGGAAGAAAAACUCAAUAAUCAUUCAAAUUUCUUUAACACAGCUAACCAACGAGCAAGUGUUCAGGUUGAGGCCUUGCAGGAGCAGCUUCGUGAGGUGACGGCCAGAAGGGAUGAUGCUGUCUUUCGCUUACAAACGGCUGAAGAAAAUGCCGAGCAACACCAGCAGUCGUUAGUCACACUUCAGCAGGUAUUGCAAGAUUUCCAAAAGAAUCAAGUGCGUGAAAUAGCCGAAGCAACAGAGAGAACGAGAAAGCAGCUGGAUGAUGAAAAGCAAAAAACCACUUCACUCACAUCACAGAUUAAUAGUCUAAAGGCACAACUAGCAGAGGUUCAGAGUGGCUUGGCAGCAGCAUCAAGACUUGGGGAACAACUGGCGAAGAGAGAACAGAUGAUUGUUGCUCUUAAGGCUCAAGUGACAUCUCAAGAAGAAGUUGCCCGCAAAGCACGUGACGAAAUGAUUUGUUUGAAGUCGUCCUCGGAAGCAAAAGUUGAUAAGCCCCUUUUACGUAAUCUACUUGUGGGUUACUUUGCAACUCCAGCAGACAAUCGUCAAGAAGUUCUCCGAAUUAUUGCCGAGGUGUUGAACUUUUCUGGGGAAGAGCGUGCCCGAACAGGAUUGGAUGUGCAUGGUACCUCAUGGCUCUCAUCCAUAGCUAAUUUCCUUGCUCCCCCAGCGAGUAAUGUUCGUGUUACCUCGAAGGUGGAUGUUCUGGAUCAUACAUCACUCUCGCAAGCGUUCAUCAGAUUUCUCGAGGAUGAAUCGAGUCCACGGCUUCAGGCUCGCCUCCCAGCUGUUCAGAUGGUUCAGCAGACCACAGAAAAAGCUGAGAAGAAAGCUCAGGCUAAAGCUCAGGCUGCUAAUAAGAUCAACCCAUUUAUCAGCAUUGGGGAUGCAUCGGCAUCUGGUAGUGAAUCGGGCUCGAGAAACUCAUCACCUCUCCUGGCUGCAGCUUCCACUACUCCAACUAUGCCCACUAUAACCCCCGUGGUACCUACUUCUCCAUCGGCCCUGGUAGUGCCAACUACGGUUACAUCCAGCUCGGUGAUGACCACAAGUGUUGUGUCAAUGAAUAAAUACCUGAGCAACCUUUUAACAUCUGAGACAAGUGAGAAAGCUGAUGAAAUUGCCAGCAAACAGUUCACCUAAUCUUUGUGGAACGGUAAUAAUCUUAUUUGUAUAUUUGUAUGAUAAGGAUAUACCAUGCUACCAUUAUUUUCUUCCCUUAUUGUUAUGGGAUAAGAGUAAAAUUACAAUAGAGAAUCCAUGCAGUAUAUCUUGUAUAGAAACAAAACUGUGAUAACAUUUUCUUAAGAAUAAGUGUAAAUAUGACUAAUAUUAGGGAGUCUGGAUCGACUUGGUGGAACUCAAAAGCAUUAAAUAAUGCAUUGUAUAGUUAUAGGCAAUAGUAACCUUAUUGGCUCUGGUUUUAUAUAUGCUACAGAACACUUCUAGGGAUCUCAAGUUUUUUACAUACUGUACUGAAAAUGCUUUGUUUUGCAUUUUCCCAAUGGACAUGGGGUAAAUAUUAUUUUUAAAACAAUUUGUCGCAAUAGACAACUUCCGAGUCUGAUAUUGCAGAUAGUGUAACUAAAAAAGCAUGAUGUGAGCAUAGGAGAACUUGAGAAGCCUUGAACAAAGUAAAUAUUUCAUGGGUGUGUUAUCAUGGUGAAAUGUGCCAAGGUUUGGGUGUGCAAGUUGCCAAAAUUAACUUAUUUUAUACAUUAAGGGUACAUACAGGCCCUUGCUGAACCUUGUUUAGCAAGGACAGUUUCUCAAUGUUUUAACGGGGGGGGGGGGGAGAAUAGUUUUUACGUGUGAAUUAAACUAAAUUUGAAAGGGACAUCAGCUUAAAUACCGUUAUAAACUAAUUAAAAUACUGAAUCUUAUGAUAUGCACAUGUAUUCAAGAUUUGUAUUUUAAGUUAAACCAAAGUGUUAUAGUCCAGUUUUUUUUUUAUAUAAUAAAGGUGGUGCUAAGGUAGCAUUAUUCCGUUCCCUAAAUGCCUUUAUACAGUAAUGGAUGAAAUCAUUAGUUACAAAAAUCCAGUAAUCAUUAUUUCCAGUACGAGAUUUUUAAUUUUGGAUGGUAAAGGAAUACUUUGCUGUAGUUACACAAAUUUUUAGUGAAACAAAACAGAAAACUGGUUGCCCAUUGAAGCAUUAAUGUGUAAGGUUUAGAGGCAGCAUUUGGGCUACAGACACUAACAACCUGAUGGAUGAUAUGUCCUAAUUUCAUGUUCUACUUUUCCACUAGUUUUCACCACUUUUCUUUUAAGUGUAAAUUGCAAUAAUUUUAUUUUGUAGUUGAACCACAAUUUGUAAUUUUGACAAGCGUUUUGGGCACUAAUCCUUUUGACACCUGUAUCUCAUUAGGCAAGGAUGACAUGGACAAAUAUUGAAUAUUUUGCAUAUAAAAUUAAUCUUGCUUAUAAACUUUGUAAAAAAAAUUAUACUGGCAUUUUAACAAUUUCUGUAUGCAAGUGAUAGAAAUUAAGGUAUUACUUAGCUAAGAAUACUGUACAUCGAGAUUAGAAAUAAAAUAGUAUACUAAAUGAAUUUAGUUGUUAAUGUAUAAUUUACAAGACAAUGCCUUGCUAAUACAGUAUGGCAAUAGGAAUUUCUUGUUGGAAGCCCUGUCUGGAUCUCUUGAAGCUACUUACACCGAUAGUGUACCAGGUGCUGGGUCGCAUCAACCACAGAGUUCUGUCUGGCCAACUGGGGACCAAGAGCCAAAACCUGGCCCCCUUCAGAGGCACAGGGAGCAGUGAUAUUUAUAUAUUUAUUUAUGCCAACAGCAGGGAAGGGACCCCAGCAAGACGAAACAAACCACAGCUAUGAAGAGAGUCCGUAGCCACAAAUAGCCAGGAGAACUCUCCAACAAUGUAAACAAAAGAUCAAAACAUACAAAACAAGCACCAGUCAUUUAACCCAUCUUACUCCUGCGUGGGGGGAAAAGGUAGCUCAAUCAGCUGGUUUUGCAGCCCUUGGUUCUCUGAUGUGUAUAGUGUGUGUAUUGCCUCUCAGCUUGGGCUCCGGUUUUCUGCUUUCAGCUAAGUAGUAAUUUCUUUGCCAUUCUUGGCUUUUCUGUAUGCUGCUUAGUGUAGGGCAAGUUUGGACUGAAGUGCAUGUGCACAGGGUUUCCUUCCUUGUGUGUUUGCUAGUGCUGCCCUUACACUUCACAGGGUAACUUCCCCAGUCCCUCAUCGCUUGUGGUGGUUCUUGCCCAGGGUGGGGGUUAGGUUAUUUGGGUCUCUAUUUACUCUGGUAUUGUGCAGCAUUUGCUGACUUGGAGUACACUGGGUAUUCUCGUGCUACACGUUAGUGCACCGAAGUUGACCUAAGCCAGGCUAUGUUGGCUUACUAUGCCAUUUGUAUAUAUUGGUUUACUCCUGUAUUAAUAGACAUGGACAUCACACUAUUAGUGUUGGUUCUGUUGGUAUAGAUUCAGUGGAGUAUUCCUUUAGUCGGCGUAGCAUCAGUGCCUGGGUUUCCCGCUUGGUCAAGUUUCAUGGCACUUGGCGAUAUUCAUUCCUUCUGCCAUACUGCCUGUUGGGUCAGUGACACCUUCGACCCCGAAUCUUGUGGGGUUUGUUCUCGUAUGGCCACUCUUUUUGGCUCCUAAUGAGGUUUAGGCUUCUCAGGCAGCAACCAUUUUACAAGUUCAGUUUGGUAGGUUACAUUGGGCUUGGUUAUGUGCCCAGGUGGAUGCCCCUAAGCUACCCAGGUUGGUGUUUAGGCAUCUGGAAUUGGAGGUUUUCGUCAAUAUAAUUUUGGGUCAGUCCACUCUACCACCUUUUCCCGGCAGACAUGGUUCGCUCUUCUGAUCCUCUUUGCUGCUUCCAGGCAUAAAGGGUCAAAGGGUUUUGGGUAGGGAUUAGUUAAAGAUGUGCCUCCAGGGGUUGCCCCGUCCAAUGCAGGUAUAGAGGCAGUCGAGCUGGCUAGUCGUGCUGAGGGUUCUAGGUAUUUUUGGCCAGAACCUUCUUCCUCUGGUUGAGAAUGCUGACACUGCCUGGGGCCCCUCCACUGCAGCUUCUGUUGGAUGAGUCAGUUUGACAUUUAAGCCUGGCUCCUUUUGCAGGGGGUGGGGUUUCCAUAUCCAACCCCCCCCCCCCCUUUUAUGAAUAUGCUUUAAAUGUGGCGUACUCCUAGGGGUUCAGUUCUGCAUGCCUUUGGACCCAUCAGGAUCGUCUUUCUGGAGAUUUUCAUCCUCCUAAGUCUCCAAACACGGUUUAGGCAGCCAGGUAUCUUGUCAAUUUGUCUAGGCCCAGGCACCCUUGUGGGGCUUUGGGUUGUCUGCUGCAUCCUGGCCUUUCAGUGAUUCUUCCUCCCUGGCCCUGUGUUAACUCUGGUGGCUUGGACACCUUCCCUCUCCAGGUCGUUCAGGGAGGGUGGAGACUUUCUCACAUCUAACCUAGAACCGAGGGCUGUCACCUGCUAGCUACUACUACCCCCCCCCCCCUUCUCCCAUCCCCAAACAAAUGAGGCAAAUGAGCUGGCGGUUGUUUUUUCGAACUUUCGUUUUUAAACUUUCGAUAGAUUGUUCAUAUUGUUGCAGAGUAGUUCUGGCAGUUCGUGAAACUACGAUCUCUUGUAGAGCCGUGUGUUUUUUUUUUUUUUUCUUGCCGACAUUCUGGGUCCCUUCCCUGGUGGUGGCA